CCAUUUUAAAACGUCGGUAGUCGGUAGCUCAAAAAUGUUGAAACACCAUUCUCGUAGAGGCGUUAGAAAAGAUCUUUCUAACGUCCAUCGAUCUUUCUUUCGCAUAAUCGUAAUUUUUUCGUAUUUUAUUUUGACGGAUUGAUAAUCGUAUCUCGCCCAUAACAUCGGUUUGUCAGCGCGUCAAACGAUCGCGGCGGUAACCGCCAUCUUGUAGCUGUCAAAAGUGAUUUUCGCUGAUGAUGCUCGACAGCUCGAGAAGACGCGUUUUCGUUUCGCGGAUCGACGCGUAUAUUUCUGAAUGUCGUCAUUCCGCGCGACGUCAAGCCCGGUCAGGCACGACUAUCAGUUUUUAAGUUAAUCACGACGAGAGUCGCGCGUCGCUCGCUACCGAAUCCGUCUCAUGACGUUUUUUUUUUCCCUUGAAAAAUAAUCGUCAAUAACAGUCCGGGUUGGACGAGCCAUUAAGACUGUGGGAGUUUAGCGGCUGAAAUGCCUUUGCUGGCCCCGACGACAGACGUACGUUCUUGCUGAGAAGAUACUUUCGCUGAAGAGAGGAAAGAAAUCGCGCUGGCGGAGACUCGCGGGAACGGAGAUACCGCGACGACCGAUGGCGUCGCGGAAUCGAAUGUCGUCGGGGAGUUAUGCGGCACAAAUAAUAUGGACGAGGACGAAAUUCUUCUCCUACCGUCCCUCUCUUCUAACAACACAAUGAAUAAGGAACGCCCGCGGAAGAAACUCUGGCGUAACGCGGUACAGGUAGUGGCGAGCGACGACGAAGAUUCGGACGGCCAUGAAUGUACUUUCUUUCCGACUAAGCGACAUUGCAGCACGCAAUUGUCCGAGGUCGAUGAGACACGUUCGAACACGGAGCAACAUACGAAUGCAAACACGGAAACAACAACUAACAAUGUAGGGAAUAUUGAGUAUGAUGAAAUUAUAUACCAAAUACAGAUUGAGAAGAAGCUUAAAUUAUGGCAAGCUUUUCAAGAGGAAGAAGGAUCCAUGGACAAUAGUAUUAAUGAGGUGUUGGCUUACUAUAGGAUGAUGCAUCCACUUGAUCCUUUGGAGGAAGAUUCCAUUGGUUCAAGAUAUCAUUUAUCGUAUAGAAGAAAUGACAUGGAAGACACAGCAGUGACAAUGGCGAUUCGCAAUCAUGGCUUAGUCCAAUCGACCGAGCUCGCUCUUCAGCCACAUUAUUGUAAAUGCAUAGGUGUAGAUUGUUCCUUUUCGUCCAAAUGUAUGUAUGAACUCGACGACUUUUAUGGAACUGUCUACAGCAAUAUAGAAACGGGAAGAUGCAAUGUGCUGGAUGCAGAUAAAAUAUAUGAAUGUGAUCAGCCAGAAGAUUUCUUGGAACGUGCCGUAGGGGAAGCGAUUAAGAAGAAGGGUCUGAGUGCUUUAAGUGUGGAUUACGGUUGAAUAUAUUGGUUAAUAUAUUCCUUCCCCCCAUUCCUUUGAUGUAUUUAUAUAAUAAUGUAGUAUAUCUAAUUGUUGUGCUCCGUAAAUUUAUCGCGAUUUUAUUUUAUAGUUGAUUUUUAUUGUACGAGUUGUAAAUGUGUUUUACAACAAUAAUCUCAAAACAUUUUAUACUCAUAUGUAUACAUUCCGAUGUAACCGCUUGCUUAUAUUGAACAUGAUUUGGGAUCUAUUUUAUUCAAGAAUAACGUUGAACUGCUA